AUGGCGCAGCAGUUGCCCGUACAGCUUACCCCAAUCGUCAACCUGGCGGACACGGGGGUGAAGAGCGCCUCUUUUCGGUUUGGAAAUGUGGCAGUGGACGGAGACAAACAUUUGGUGGUGCGCGAUGUGGAGAGCAACGAGUUGUACUUUGUGUCGCUGAACCCCAAGGAAGCCUUGGAGGCCCCGGGGAGCCCCGGCGCGUAUUCUGUGUCAAAGAAGCCGACGCAGGCAGAGGCGGCGCUGCAUCACCCGACGGACCCCAUCGUUGCUUUGCGGGCGAAGGCUGAUGGUGGACAGCAAGUGGUGCAGGUGUUGAAUCUGGAGACGAAGGCCCGGAUGGGCACAGCUCCCAUGUCUGAGUCGAUUGUGUACUGGCGGUGGGUGGCUCCCCGGGUGCUCGCCUUAGUCACGGAGAAGGCUGUCUGGCAUUGGACUUUGGGGGAAGGAGCGGAGGCAGGGGAGCCUCAGAGGAUAUGCGAGAGAGAAGGCCGCCUGGCGGAGGGCGUGCAGAUCAUCGGAUACUCCACCGACAAAGAGAUGAAGUGGUGCGUCCUCACAGGCAUCAGCACCCAGGAUGGGGGCAAGACGAUCGAUGGAUCUCUGCAGCUGUAUUCUAUGGAGCUCAAGAAGCACCAGCAGCUUGAGGGGCACGCAGCCUGCUUUGGGGGGCUGGUGGUGGACGAGGCGCUGGGCCCCCAGCCGGUCAUUUGCUUCGCUGAGAAAAAGAGAGGAAGCCCCGAGUUCAAACUCCACGUCAGGGACUUGGCCCCCAAGAGGGAAGACGGCAAGCCCCCACUUCGCGUGUGUACAGAUAUCGCUCUCUCCCCAGAUGCACCUUCGGACUUCCCGCUCGCCGUCCACCUCAGCAAGAAACUUGGCCUCGUGUUCUUAAUCACCAAGGGCGGCUUUCUGCUGCUCUUCGACGCCUUCACCGGCACGCAGCUGUUGAGACACCGCAUUUCCCAAGACCCUGUAUUCCUCACUGCAGACUCCCCCCAAACAGGCGGUGUCAUCACCGUCCACAAGAAGGGCGUCGUCGCGCUCACAACCGUCAACGUGGGUCUACUGGGCCCCUAUAUGCAACAUGCUUUGCCCCACCUUCCAAACAGAGCCCAAAUCUAUAUGAGCUUGGCGAAGCGCUACGGCUUGCCGGGAGCUGACGACGCUCUUGUUCAGGCCUUUAACCAACACUUUGCCAGCGGAGACUACCGGGGAGCUGCGCGCAUCUGUGCCACACUCAAGUCGGGGAGGCUGCGGACGCCGCAAGUGCUGCAGCAGUUUAAGGGGGUCCCGGCACAGCCGGGACAGACGUCCGCCAUUUUGCUGUAUUUCUCAACUCUCCUGGAGUACGGAUCUUUGAAUGCGGUGGAGAGUUUGGAACUAGUGCGUCCGGUGGUGGCGCAAGGAAGGAAGGACUUCGUUACGACCUGGCUGCGAGAGGACAAGCUGGAGUGUACGGAGGAGUUGGGGGAUGUUCUGAGGCCGCUGGACUCAGCGCUCGCCACUCAGGUGUACAAGAAAGCCAAGGCUGGCCAGAAGGUUAUGCUGAUGCUGGUGGAACAAGGCAAGACGGACGAGCUGCUGGAGUACGCAGCGCAGACUCGCAUGCAGGCGGACUAUUCCGCGUUGCUGCGUUCGAUGCUGGCGACGAACCCGGAGGGCGCCACGGCGUUUGCACAGAAGUUGUUGGCAACAGAGCCCCCGCUUGUAGACCCUAACCAAGUUGUGGAUGUCCUGUUGCAACAGCAGCGGUUUCAAGAGUUGUCUUCGCUGUUGCUAGAGUACCUGAAGGGGAACAAGCCGGAGCAAGGGGCCCUUCAGACCCGGCUGUUUGAAAUUAACCUUAAGCAUUCGCCGCAAGUGGCGGAGGCAAUAUUCCAAAUGGAAAUGCUGACGCACUACGACCGACAGAAAGUAGGAGCGUUGUGUGAGGCGGCGGGCCUAUACCAGCGUGCCCUGGAGAACUACACGGAAUUGGCCGACGUGAAGCGCGUGCUCUUGCAAACAGGAGGAAAGAUAUCGCAGGAGUGGAUGGCGCAGUUCUUUGGGCGCAUGGCUCCCGAAGUCUGUGUCGAGAUCUUGACCGAUAUGCUCCGCUCCUCUUCUCAGAACCUGCAGGCGGUGGUGGGCGUCGCCAUUAAGUUCCACGAGCAGUUGGGUACAGAGCGUCUAAUCGCUAUGUUCGAGCGUUUCAGCAGCUACGAAGGCAUCUUCUACUUCUUGGGCUCCAUACUCGCCUUCUCCACAGACCCAGAGGUCCACUUCAAGUACAUCGAGGCGGCAGCAAAACUCAACCACACCCAGGAGGUCGAACGCGUGUGCAGAGAAAGCAAGCACUACGAGCCACAGCGCGUGAAGGAGUUCCUCAAGCAAGCGAAGCUGAGCGACCCCCGACCCUUGAUAUACGUCUGCGACCUGCACGGCUUUGUGGUUGAGCUGACAGAGUACCUGUACAAACACUCCUUGCUGCGUUACAUUGAGGUGUAUGUGUCCCGCGUGAAUGCGGCGAACGCCCCGCUGGUGGUGGGGGCGCUCGUGGAUCUAGACGCUCCAGAGGAGUUCAUCAAGCAGCUGCUGCAGGCGGUCCGCGGCAACUGCAGCGCUUCUCAGCUUGUAGAGGAGGUGGAGAAGAGAAACAGGCUGAGGCUGUUGCUGCAGUGGCUUGAGCAGCGCGUGUCGGAGGGCAACCAGGACCCAGCAGUCCACAAUGCCCUGGCCAAGAUAUUUAUCGAUACAAACCGCGACGCGGAGAAUUUCUUGAAGACGAAUGCCUUCUAUGACUCGAUGGAAGUGGGGAAGUACUGCGAAGAGAGGGACCCCCAUCUGGCGUUCACUGCGUACAAGAGAGCUUGGGGCCCCUGUGACACGCAACUGGUGGAGCUUACCAACAAGAACGGCCUCUUCCGGCUCCAAGCUCGAUACCUCGUGGAGCGUCAGUGCGCGGAGCUGUGGGCAUACGUUUUACGGCCUGAAAAUAAUUAUCGGCGGUCGGUGAUAGACCAGGUGGUCUCCUCAGCCCUCCCCGAGUCAUCAUCUGCUGACGAGGUCUCUGCGGCAGUGAAUGCCUUCAUCAGCGCACAGCUGCCGCAGGAGCUGACGGAGCUGCUGGAGAAGAUUGUGCUGCACAACAGCGACUUCAGCUCGAACCAGAACUUGCAGAACCUACUUAUUUUAACAGCUAUCAAAGCAGAGCCUUCGCGCGUCAUGGGAUAUAUCAACCGGUUACAGAACUUCGACGGCGCGGCGAUUGCACAGGUGGCUUUGGAAAACGGCCUGCGAGAGGAAGCAUUAACAAUAUACAGAAAGUUCGGGUUGCUGGCAGAGGCUGCAGACACACUGCUGGAAGCUGCUGCCGGUGGGGGUGAACAGGAGCUCGAAAGAGCUCAAGAAUUCGCUCAGCGCUGUGGCAAUGCGGAGGUGUGGCGCAAGCUGGGGAGAGCGCAACUGAGGCAGGGCCGUGUGGUCGAGGCUGUGGAUUCUUUAAUUAAGGCCAACGACGGUGAAGUGUUCAGGGAGGUUGUUGAGAAGGCAACUGAGCAAGGAGCCUUUGAGGCCUUGGCAGAUUACUUGCUGAUGGCCCGUAAAAGCAUCGCCAUCAAGGACCAGACUCUGGAUUCGGAGUUGCUCUACUCCUACGCCAUGACCGAAAGACUUGAGGACUUAGAGAUGUUCCUCAACGGGCCCAACACCGCCAACGUUCAGGCUGUAGGGGACAGGCUCUUUGAGCAAGGUCGCUAUCAGGCGGCAAAGAUCUUGUACCAGAGUCUGCCAAAUUAUAGCAAGCUAGCGAGCUGCUUCGUGCGGAUGAAGGACUUUGGGGCAGCUGUGGAUGCCGCGCGAAAAGCAAAGAACCCCAAGACGUGGAAGGAGGUGGCAUUCGGGGCCUUGAAUGAAGGAGAUAUUAAGUGCGCUCACACUGCUGGGCUCCAGCUUAUUGCGCACCCUGACCUGCUCGACGCUCUGGUGGAGGACGCCAAGCUGAUGGACCACUGCAAGCAACACAAGGCCCGCAUGAACAUCCCCCGACUUAUUCGAACUUGCGAGAAGUGCUGUCUCUGGAAGGAAGCUGUGUAUCUACACACCAUCUACGAUGAAUACGAGCAAGCGGCAAACUGCAUGAUCCUCCACCCCACGGCGUGGCAACAUGACCAGUUCAUUCAGGUCGUACAGAAGGUAUCGAAUGUGGAGCUUCUCUAUCGUGCUAUUUCUUUCUACUUGGAAGAACACCCGCUGCAGCUGUGUGCUCUCCUUAAGGGCAUAGACCGGAAGGUGGAUCACUCGCGAGUGGUACAGCAACUGCGCAAGGCUGGGCAUCUGCCUUUGAUAGAAAAGUACUUACAGGAGCAACUUCCUUUAAAUGUUGCAGCAGUGAACGAAGCCAUGUUGGAACUCCUUGUGGAAGCUCAAGACGAGGAGCGCAUCCGAGAGCUCAUCUCCGAAUGUGACAACUUCGACCAGUUGGGCCUGGCAAGACAGCUAGAGGGGCACAGCGAACUUGGCAUGCGCAGGAUUGCAGCGCUCCUGUACCAGAAGAACAAGAAAUAUUCCCUGGCGAUCGAACUUUCGAAGAAGGAUGCGCAACUCCAAGACUGCAUAGAAACGGCAAAGGAGUCAGGCAGCGCCCAGCUGGUGGAAGAUUUGCUCAAGUACUUCUUAACGGAUUUGAAGGACCCCGAGGCGUUUGCAGCCUGUCUUCACAGUUGCUGCGACCUCGUGAAGCCAGACGUGGCUCUGGAGUUGGCCUGGCGCCACAAAGUGGUGGACUUCAUUAUGCCCUACCUUAUUCAUGUAGUGCGUGACGUCAACACGCGGCUAGACCAGUUGGACAAACAGCAGCAACAGCAGCAGCAGUUGCAGCAGAGCGCCCCCAACGAUUAUGUACCGGACUACAGCAUGCAGCCCAUGACGAUGCUUCCAGGGAUGGGCGGAUUGGCCCUGAUGCCUCCUGCUUCCAACUGCACUCCGUCCCACCAGACCUUUGGUUAG